UUACAAUCUGAUGUAUAACUUCCUAAUGUGUGUUUUAUUUGCUUGGAAAUUGGAGAAUUUAGCAAUUUAAAUUGAGCCGAUUUUCAAGUUUUAAAUGAGUACGCGAAAUUUUGAGGUUUUGUAUACACAUCAGAAAUUAAAGAAAGCGAAAACUUGGCAGGAUGGGUGUCUCAAGGUAUCUUGCAGGGGUACAAAGGCUGUCCUUUAUGAUGAUCAAGAUUGUUCCUUAGAGGUGUUUCAUAUUCAUCCAAAUAAGAUAUUUCCUGGAAGCGAUGUAGAAUGUGAACGUUACCUGAUCAGCAUCGUAGAUGAAAAGAUUGCUGAUGAUAAAGGUUCAAACUGUGGCACGGCCAGCCAAGACAUUUCCUCCAAAAGGCACUUGGCAUACCUCCCUUCAGCAAGAACUGAUCAUUCAGGGUCAACAUGGCGGAAAAGAAAAAGAGAUUUCAGAGAAACAUUGAGACCUAAUCUCCCAUCUCCAGAUCAAGAUUAUGAACUUCCUGAAAAUUUAAAACCUCGUUCCCCGCUGUGCUUCAAAAGACCUUCAACCAAUGAUGAUUAUGGCCUGUCAAAACCAUCCACAAUUUCAAGACUUUUACCAGCAAAAAGCGACAACCUACAUUUAACUUCCACUGUCCUAGAUGAAAACGAUGCAGCAAGAAUGAGUCUAUUAGUCAGAACUUCCCGAGGGGAAACCAGUUUUCAUCAACAGAGAAAUGAAACUAGUUGUUUUCCACAGAGAAAUUUUCAGGAGACAAUGUCAGUUUUUGCUCAAGAUAUAGAUUUGGAAAACACUCCUGGGGAUUUCGAAGUGCUCGCUGCCCAAGUCAAUGUUGAUGAAGAAGAUCUCAUUUUGCAGAAGAGCAAUCAAGUAACGAUGCAAAACCCUUUUCCAGCUCCUAAGAGGAACAAAUCGGAACUUUUGUCGUUAUUUGGUGGAGCAAAGAACAUGGUGAUAGCCCGUGGCGAGAAACCAGGCCUCAGGUCCAUUGAAGGAGACGAAUUUCCACCCGAAAGUUAUUCAACAGUAACCAAAUGUAAGAGCGCUUCUGAUGAGAGUAUAUCUCCUUCGACCAAAAGUCUUUUUUACCAGUCAUUUGACAUGUCUCUUGGUGAUGAAGACGAUUUUUUUGACAACUCUUUUCAAUCAUUAUAUAAUCCUAAGUCAGAGAGUUUCAUCCCUGGUGCCACAUCAAAGCCGACUUCUUUAUUUCCGCAGUCUAAUGCAUCUACAGGCAAUGAUAGUAUUUGUGUGAAAAAUUAUAAUUUUGACCUCGAUGAUGGACAGGCUGUGUUUAGCAGAAAUUUUGACAGGAAUUCGUCUCCGAGAACUAGCGAUUUGGAAAACAAGAAUCGAGGUUUACGCAAACCUGAAACAAUCAAAUCUGGUUUAUGCUCCACGGGGGGUUACACAAGUUCCCCCAGUUCCGCAUUUGACGAAUGGUGUGUUCAGAAUAACAACGAUAUUAUGGAUCUUCAAAAUCAUGACUUGGGGAAUGAUACUGCGCUAUCAGAUGAUUUUGACGAUGCUGAGAUUUCUCUUUUCGACGGGUUUUCUGAGGGGCCACAGAGCUCUUUGUUUCCUUCAAAUAAUAUGAGAUUUCGAAAACAAUGUUUUGGUAGUGAAAAGUUUGAUCGUUCAAACGCUGAUGAUCAUUCAGACCAAAGCUCACUCAGAGAAAACGCUUUUGAGAAGGAAAUAAACAAUAUUUCGGUUCAAAAUCAUUCACUCUCGAGAGUCUCAAGAAAGUACAAUCAUUUUACGCCACCUUUAAUUUCAUUAUCCUCUGGUGAUAAGAAGCAUGUGUCAUCAAUCUCUACCUAUCAAACAGAUUUGAAAGCGCCAAGUUUCGACCGUGCUGUUCCUGAACCAAAUUCUCGUCAACAAUCUUUCUCUGGUGAACUCCACUUUCCCUCGAACAUCGAAAGCUCAGACAGUGUCACGCCAACCCGUCAGAUCACCAUAACAACCAAAUUUUCUUCAGCCAUGGAUUAUAAAUGUGUUUUGAAAUCUGCUUUAAGAGAACACCUGAACAUCAUAUUGUUUGGACUGGCUCAGAAGUAUCAUGGAAUUCUAGGAAAAGCUGAUAUCGCUUCAUCUGAUGACACCGUGUCAGAUGAAAAAGAGAAUGUCAAAGGACCUUCCUGUUCACAUGGUCCAGGGAAGCUUCGUGCAGUCAAGAAGGACGGCCCAAAUAAGGGUCGCCAUUUCUAUACUUGUCCUGCCUCGGGUUCAAAUCAAUGCAAGUUUUUCCUAUGGGCUGAUGAGAAUCACGCGACUUCCACUAAUGGAAACAAGAAAAUUUCACUCACCUCAAGCGACAGCAUAAGGACAUUCUUCAAAAGCAAGGGUAUUUAUUUCUAUCAUAAUUGCAUUCUGGAAAGAAGGUCAAAACCCACAAAAUAUUAUGGAAAGAAAUACUCGAGAAAAGCUGCCGUUGUUAAUGAAAAGAAGGCGAUGUACAUCACGCUAAAAUAUAGGGACAGUUCGUCUUUAUAUACUAAAGAUGAUCUUUGGAUCAUUUCCAAAAACGUCAAUUUUGAUCCGAAAGCGACGUUCGUCGCAAAGAGCUCGUUUUAUGGGCCAUCUUCAAACGGUGAUCUGGAAAUUGAGCCUGUCAGUGGUUAUUCCACAUCAAACUGGCGUUCCGGAGAUACAGUUCAUGCAAUCUGGGCUUGUAAUGCUGGAACGGAGUUAUCAUGCAUACAAAAUCUUGAUGAACAUGUGUCAUUACAGCAGAUGCCUCUUCUCCCAUAUAUACUAAAUGGAUCUCAUCCUUCCUUCAACUCCCGUCGAUCUGGUCCAGGCUUUUUUUCUGCGCCACUUUCUGGCAGAGUCGACAGAAACUCUCUGGGGAUUCCCUGGCCAGUCAUUGAACAAGAAGUUAAUGAAAUCAUCGCUCUGUACAAGCUAAACCCAGAUCAAUCAACAGCCAUUCGUUCUUGUGCGAAAAUGUUUGUUUCCGAAAACGAUAAUGGCGGCAAGGAAUGUCUUCCCAUUACCCUGAUACACGGUGUAUUUGGAGCGGGAAAAAGUUUUCUUCUGGCUGUCGUUGUGUUGCUGAUGGUAAAAUUAUUCGAGAUGGCUGACGCUUCUGGGUAG